GGAGGCCCGGCUCGGGAAUCGGACCCGCCAUGCGCACAAACGCCAGAGCCCGCUUGAGAAUGUUUGCCGUGGCGAGGGCCGUGCUUGGAGUCUGCGCCUACUUGUGUCUCUGUCCGGUCGGGACCUCUCAUGUGCCCCUGAGGAUGAACAGAACCAUUCAGAACCUACUGCAGCUAUAUAAAAUCCCACCCAAAGAACGUUUUAACGGCCAUCCCAUCUUCUCCAGAGAACUCCUGAGCACCAAGAUGGAGGCCAAGGGCGUGCUGAUGUCGGCGGUGCUGCAGACGUACGAGGAGCUGCUGGAGCGCAUGCUGAAGCGGCCGCCCAGCCCCGCGCCGCACCCGCCCGCCGCCACCUCCGCGCCCGAAAGCGGCGACGACGCCCGAGUUGGACUCGACUACCUGCUGAAGCGCGUGCGGGAUCUGAGGAAGUACCGAUAUCGGGAGCAAGACAAACUUCUCGAUGGCCUACACAAGCUCCAAGGCGUUCAGAUGGACGACCUGGUGGUCCAGAGCAAAGCAUUGUGGGAGCUGCCCUGGCUGUACGAGGAGGCCAGCUCGUUGUCCGAGAGGCUCCGGGUGAGAACGUCGCGGCGCCGGCGCCACGCGCGGCGACCGUAAGCUGAAGGGAUUCCUUUUCAUCCGCUCACAUUUGACUUGUAUUUAUGACCACGCUCUCCACAAACGCAUUUAGGGCUCCUGGAUAUUUAUGAUGCUAUUUAAGAUAUAUUUGUGAUUAUUUAUCAGCUAUUUAUUGAUUGGCAUGGAAUAAA